AUGUCAACGAAAAUUAAAGCUGGACCCGUUGUAGAUAUCCUCGGAGAUGAAAUGACGAGGAUAUUAUGGGAUUUAAUUAAGGAAAAGCUUAUUCUACCGUUUUUGGACAUUGAAUUACACACUUACGAUUUGGGAAUCGAACACAGAGACAAAACGGAUGAUAAGGUAACUGUUGAAUGUGCCGAAGCCAUAAAAAAAUAUAACGUUGGAAUUAAAUGUGCAACCAUAACACCGGAUGAAAAAAGAGUCGAAGAAUUUAAAUUGAAACAAAUGUGGAAAUCUCCCAACGGAACCAUCAGAAAUAUAUUGGGUGGAACAGUUUUUAGAGAAGCCAUUAUUUGCAAAAAUAUUCCGAGACUUGUUUCUGGAUGGAAUAAACCAAUUAUUAUUGGUCGUCACGCUCAUGCCGAUCAAUAUAAAGCAACGGAUUUUUUAAUCAAUGGCCCAGGAAAAUUAGAAUUAGUUUUUACAGGAUCUGAUGGUAAAGUCAUUAAGCAUACUGUAAAUGAGUUCAAAGGCCCCGGUGUUGCUUUAGGAAUGUACAAUACUGACGAAUCGAUAAUUGAUUUUGCACAUUCAUCAUUUAAAUAUGCCCUAGAUAGAAAAUAUCCAUUGUAUUUGAGUACUAAAAACACAAUACUUAAAAAGUACGAUGGGAGAUUUAAAGAUAUUUUCCAAGACAUAUACGAUAAUGAAUACAAGAAAAAAUUUGAAGAAUCUGGAAUUUGGUAUGAACACAGAUUAAUCGAUGAUAUGGUCGCUUAUGCUAUGAAAUCUGAAGGAGGUUUCGUUUGGGCAUGUAAAAACUACGAUGGUGACGUUCAGUCAGAUUCAGUAGCUCAAGGUUAUGGAUCGUUGGGUAUGAUGACUUCCGUGUUGAUUUGCCCCGAUGGGAAAACUGUCGAGGCUGAAGCAGCCCAUGGAACUGUAACAAGACAUUAUAGAUUUCAUCAACAGGGAAAAGAAACUUCUACAAACCCGAUAGCAUCGAUAUUUGCAUGGUCAAGAGGUUUACUUCACAGAGCAAAAUUAGACAACAAUCAACCUCUUGCUAAUUUUGCUAAUAAACUCGAAGAGGUAUGCAUUGAAACAAUUGAAAGUGGUAAAAUGACAAAAGAUUUGGCCAUAUGUAUUAAAGUUCGGUCCAACGCGAUAAAAUUGUUAGCAUAUCAAAAAAAAAUAAUUAUAAGAAGUUAA